AUGGCGAUCAAACUCAUUUCACUCUUCACUCUCUUCUUACUCACUCCAUCCUUAAGCCUAGAUGACGAAUCCUUCCUCCCGAAAUUUUCAUUCAGUUGGUCGGACGACAAGAACGAGUUUCAAUCUGGUGAAAUCGCCCUAAUCUCGAUCAAAGUUCUUGGAAACUUCGAAACCAGUGGGAACGCUUCGUUAGGACAGGGAGCGUUUAAGCCGACACUUACCGUCAACAGCAAAACUGGUAACAGUACAUACAUUACUGGCGUUUCGCUGGAUCUUGGUGACGAUGUUAGCACGUGGAAGAUUUCUUUUAUUCCCAUCAUGGUUGGAGUUUUCAACAUCGUUAUAGAGGAUAAAACUUUCAAAGUCUUGGAUUCGUCGUUACAUUUUGAAGUCGAACCAGGGUUAAUGCACCCAUCUGUAAGUGUUGUUUCAUGGAUGGGACUAAACAACGUGUUUGAAGCUGGGAUGAAUGCAUCCAUCUUGAUCCUUCCAAUGGAUGCAUUUGGAAACAACAUUUCCUUUUCCGGAAAGGAGAUGGAGAUGGAGCUGCAAGGGUUUUCCUUGUCUCUUCUCUAUGAAAACGGUUCAUUUGCUACCGUUUUCAAUACAACACAUAUCAGAUGGAUGGAGUCUGGUUAUAUCUCCAUUGAGUUUGUUCUUGUGACUGCUGGAAAAUUCUUAUUGCUUGUGGAGAAAGAAAGCCAAACACUGAAUGGUGUUCCUCUACCUCUACAGGUUAAUUCAGCAGGGUCUCUAGAUGUUUCAAAUUGUGUGAGCAUAUGGAAGUCAGAGCUAAACACAUGGCAGAUAUUUUCCAAAAUGGAGAUCCUGUUACACCAGAGAGACCAGUUCGGAAACCUAGUUUCCGGAUUUUACGAGUUUGAUGCUGAUGUGGUUGGGAAAGAGAGUGGUUUGUCCAUACCAGUAGCAGAUUUCCAGUUUGAGUAUGUAGAGCAAGGGAUCCAGUUGAUGUCUUUCACCUUGUCUGAGCCAGGAAACUUCUUGCUCACUCUUUCUGAUAUGGAGCACAAUAAGAGCAUCUCUAGUAUGCCUUAUGAGUAUACAGUCUAUAUAGGUUAUUGUGAUGGAUCAAGAAGUAUUGUGAAUGGUUCAGGGCUCAAUGCUUCUAUUGCUGGAGAGUCUCUUGACUUCUCUAUUUACCUUAAAGAUGCUUAUGGUUAUCCCUCAUCAGUCCAAGUGAAUAUACUUCUGGUUCAAAUUAUACUAGAGGCUGAUUCCUCUUAUGUUUUGCCAACCAUAAAGCCAAGAGAGACUCUCAAUGGUACCAAAGUAUCAAGUCACCCAGUUUCCUUCUUACCGGCUUCUAGUAGCUUACUUACUCAGGCGAGUAUCUUUGAUGUAACUUAUACUCCAAAACAGAGUGGAGUUUAUAAGAUCUUUAUAACCUCUGGAAACGUAGUCCUCAAUGGAGGCCAACCUUUCAUCAAGGAAGUAAAAGCAGGUGAUGUGAAUGUGGCAACAUGUAGUGUGACACAAUUCAAUCAAAAAGUGCCAAAGGAAAUCAAGAAUGAUAUUGUGGUCUUACUAGUGGACAGCUUCAACAAUCCUGUACCUUCGCAGCCAUCUCGGUUAAAGCUGGAGAUUACCUCAGCUAACACAUCAAGUUUCACUACAUGGAAGUUUGUUGAUAACACUGAUGGAACAUAUACUUGUAGCUAUCUGGCCAUGGAUGUUGGUACUUACCAAAUGUGUGUGUCCUUUGACGAUAAACAUAUCCAACCUUGCCCCUUUGACGUCAAUGUAUACAGCAGUAAGUACUUUUACUUUUAUUUCUUUCACUUUAAUAUGUCUUUGAGAUUCUCCCUUGACUUCUUAGGUGGAUACUUUCCAAAGGCCUAUGAUGACGAAGUUAACGUGUGGGAAGAUGAGUCCAUCUCUUUCUAUCCUCUGGAAAACGACUACUUUGCUGGGGACAAUGCUUACAUUGUUGGUUUUUCACAACCAGGUCAUGGUUCUCUUCUGAGAGAUGGAAGCCUUCUUAGAUACACACCAAUCAGGGACUUCUCCGGAAACGACUCUUUUCCUUACACAAUAGUUGAUAUCAAUGGAAACUUAGGGAUAGCUACAGUAUACAUCCUUGUUCUUACUGCUCCUCCUCAGUUUGUUUCCUUUUCUGGAGGAUUGCAAGCAACUGAAGAUCUAAUUAGUCCUAGAUCAGGGCAAGUACUCUUCAUUUUCUUUGUCUUUAAUCCCCACUUUUCAGCUAUAGUAAUCUUAUUCUUGAAUGUUAAUUACAGUGGCUUCUCUGGUCUGGAGAUAAGCUACUCAGACAAGCUGGAGAACAUUUCAGUUACAGUACAAGCACUUUCAGGAUUGGUCAUGCUGUCUCCAAUGCUGAUGCAGUUUAGGCCACCUGGAAGUGGAAGGCUCUUAGUUAGAAAUGGUGGUGAAGAUGGAAGGCUUUUGAUCUUAGAAGGACAAAUAGGAGUUAUCAAUCCUGCACUUAAGUCAAUUCAAUAUCUAGGGAACGAGAACUUUGCUGGUGUUGAUUCUCUUCGGCUAACUACAAGGAACAAGAAUGGGAUUAAUCAACUGGAUGUUCCUGUUUUCGUUGAACCUGUCAAUACUCCACCGUUUAUUAAUGUCCCUAACUAUAUAAUGCUAGAGAGUAAUGGGACAGAGUCACUUAUCUUUCACAAGGAAAGAGACAAGUUCAACUUCUCAGUUGGAGAUCCAGAUCUUGCUAGUUUCCCUGGUGGUGAAGCUCAUUUCUUAGUAACGUUUUCUGUGGAGGUUACUGAUGGGUUUCUGCUGACAAACUUACCAUCCGAGCUUAUAAACUCAACAGAGCUAAAGUUCAAAAACUUAUUCAGGUGGCAGCCAAUUCAGACAUACGCUGCCAUUUCUAAACACGUGAAUGUUAAAGCUAGUGGGAUCAGGAUUCGUGGAACAAUAAAUCAAUGCAAUGACCUCAUGCAAUAUCUGCGCCAUCAUGGAGGAGAGAACGGGGCUAUCUUGACUUUGAAAAUGAGUGACAUGGGGAAUUACGGGUGCUUUCUUGAUUGCACUGAGAGAAUUUCACUGCCUUUACACGCGGUGGCUCGUGUAAACCUCAUUAGAAAGAGACCCUUAAGUUCCCUUGCAGCUCACGUUCUAGGAUCUGUGAUAGUGGUGGAGUCUCUUGUGGACAAUGCUGAAUUGUUAAAUGAAAAUGUUUCAACAAGAACAAUCACUCAUUGUUUCCCGGAGAGUAUGUGGAAUAGACAAGUCGGCGAAACUUCAGCUAAGCAGAAGAAGGAGUUGCCAGAGAUUAACAUUGUUCCGUUCGAGCUAGAGAAAGGCUAA